AUGCUCAGAAACUUUGGUAAAUUGAGUACGAUUCUUCCGCUUAGAAAUAUGUCAUCUCCUGUGAUUCUUCGAUCUUCGGAAAGUAUUGGUCCUAUUGAGGAGCUGAUCAUAGCCAAAAUAACAUCCGCCUUGAACCCAACAUACUUGAAGAUUGCCAAUGACUCUCACAAGCACAGUCAUCAUAAGCCAAUGCAAACUGCUUCUAAUAUCCGCGAGUCACACUUCAGAAUUGAAGUUGUCAGCGACAAUUUUGAAGGUAAGAACAUGCCCUCUAGGCACAGAGUGGUGUACCAGCUUUUGAACGAUGAAUUUGAGAAUAAGGGUUUACAUGCUUUGCAAAUGAAAACACGCACAACCAAGGAAGCUGAAAAAUUGAAAAAGUAUUAA